GCACCUACAAGACUAUAAACUGAUAGAACGCUUUUUGAUGAAUCUAGAAUUUCCCUGAUCGAGAAAUAGGAGUGGCAAAGUUUGCGGCUUUUGCCUUCGAGCCUGACCUUCUCAUUUUUGGGUUGUUUCCGUUCAUUGUCAAUGGGUAGGGUUGCGGUGGGCGUGGCGGUGGUCAGUGCUGCGGCGGUUUGCGCGGUGGCGGCGCUGGUGGUGCGCCACCAUAUGAAAAACUCCGGCAAGUGGGCUCGAGCAAUGGCCAUUCUGAGAGAGUUCGAGGAAAAGUGUGGAACCCCUAUUGCGAAACUCAGGCAGGUGGCCGACGCCAUGACCGUUGAGAUGCACGCCGGUCUCGCAUCCGAAGGCGGCAGCAAGCUCAAGAUGUUGAUCAGCUAUGUGGAUAAUCUCCCAACCGGAGAUGAAAAAGGGCUCUUCUAUGCAUUGGAUCUUGGCGGUACAAAUUUUCGAGUGUUGCGUGUGCAGUUGGGAGGGAAGGACAAGCAAGUUGCUAAGCAAGAAUUUGAAGAGGUUUCAAUACCUCCACACUUGAUGACUGGGUCUUCAGAAGCUCUAUUUGAUUUUAUAGCUCAAGCACUCGCAAAAUUUGUUGGGAAAGAAGGCGAAGGCUAUCACCCAGCCCCAGGUAGGCAGAGGGAACUGGGUUUUACUUUCUCCUUCCCUGUGAGACAAACAUCAAUUUCGUCGGGGACACUUAUUAAAUGGACGAAAGGAUUCAACAUUGAAGACACGGUUGGGGAAGAUGUGGUGGGUGAAUUAACUAGAGCCAUGGAAAGGCAGAAACUUGACAUGCGUGUAACGGCUUUGGUAAAUGACACAAUUGGAACGUUAGCAGGAGGUAGAUACCAUCAUAAUGGCGUAAUUGCUGCUGUGAUUUUGGGCACUGGAACAAAUGCAGCUUAUGUAGAGCGUGUCCAUGCUAUUCCCAAGUGGCAUGGGCUACUUCCUAUGUCAGGAGAAAUGGUAAUUAACAUGGAAUGGGGUAACUUCCGGUCCUCGCAUCUGCCUCUUACAGAAUUUGAUCAAGCAUUGGAUACAGAGAGUUUAAACCCUGGAGAACAGAUUUUUGAGAAGUUGAUUUCUGGUAUGUACUUGGGAGAAAUUGUUCGUAGAGUAUUGCUAAAGAUGGCUGAUGAAGCGGCUCUCUUUGGUGACACUGUUCCACCCAAACUGAAAAUUCCAUUUAUAUUGAGGACUCCCCACAUGUCUGCCAUGCAUCACGACUCAUCGCCUGACCUCAAAGUUGUUGGAAGCAAACUGAAGGAUAUUUUAGAGAUACCUAAUACCUCCUUGAAAACAAGAAAAAUCAUAGUGGAGCUCUGUGACGUAGUUGCCACGCGGGGCGCACGCCUAUCUGCUGCUGGUAUCUUAGGAAUCCUGAAGAAACUUGGAAAAGAUACUGUCCAGGAUGGAGUGAAGCAGCAGUCCGUUGUAGCAAUGGAUGGAGGGUUGUAUGAGCACUACACGAGAUUCAGAACCACCAUGGAAAGUACACUGAAGGAGCUACUUGGAGAUGGGGUAGCUGAAAACAUCGUUGUCGAGCAUUCAAAGGAUGGUUCUGGCAUCGGAGCUGCGCUGCUCGCAGCCUCUCACUCUCAAUAUCUCGAGGCAUACGAAACCUAAGGGAAAAGGGUCAAAUUGCAGGUAGUAUGCUAUGUGGAGUGUGGUAGAAGCUUUAGAUUUCGUUGAAUUUUCUGCUCUCCUUUUCACAUUAUCUCACUUUCUGAUGCCUUAGACCCUAGCUGAAGAGUUCAUUCCCAAUCCUUUAUUUAUGGUUAUUGAGAGCAUAUGAAAUGCACCAAACCUUAAAAAUGUAGCCAAACAAAGGGAGCGUGUCGGAAAACCGACACUAAGAUAAUUUUUCAUGGUUGCUAUGCAAAUAAAAAGGGCAUAAGCAUAAGCAUAAGCAAUGUGGCUGUGCUUCUAUUGAAUUUGGGUGUUA